AUGUCGGGCGCCGUGCAUUCAGAUCCAGUCCAGUUGAUCCAGGGUUACCGGUCGCUCCCAAUUCUUGGGGGAUACCUCAUUCUCGCAGGAGCUCUGGCCGUCAACGCCUGCCGCAUAAUCUAUGUUCGCUACUGCGCUCGAUUGAAGCAAAACGACUGGGAUCGUUCCCAUGGACACACCCAAUUCCUCCUAUUCGCCUCUCUGGCGGGGUUGAGUCUGGGUGCUACCUGGUAUUACAUGUUUGCAUUUUUUGCGCACUCUUACCACAACUGGGCAGCCAGUCAACCAACAGUUGACUUGGUGGAUCCCCAGAAGGGCACACUGUUCAAAUUGGAGCUUUGGCUCCAAAAUGCCAAACUCUUCCGGGAAGCGUGGGAGACUGUCAUUGAGACUCGUGCACGAUUCUGGUGGAGCGGUCAGAUCUUCUUGUGGACUACGGGAUGGAGCGUUUUUCUCGGUGUGAUGGGUGACUCGGACAUUCAAGAUUCCCCACGUAUGGGCCUACAUGCUUUUGGGCCAGAUCGUUGCCAUCUCCUUUGCGCAGAAUCUGUUCUUCGCAACAAUUCUUGUCUCUCGAAGGCAACCACUUGUGAAGGGGGGAGUCGGAUGGCCAAGAAUGUCGUUCGAGACCCCGUUGUCGCCUGGUCUCCCCCUGUAUACCUGGAGGCUAUCCCCGUGGCUAUCUCGCUCAUCAGCACGGUCUUGGUUCCAAGCGUGGCGCACACGAAGUACUUUAUGCUGCUCCUGCUGAUCCCUCAUCUUCUGCUGUUUGUUCCUGCCAUCCUCCGACCCAGCAGAUCGUGGAGCAGAGAGUCGCAGGCUCAAGCUGGAACAGAAGAGGGAGUCCUUCGGAGAUACGUGACCGGGUUCAAGUGGUAUACGGCGGCUUGUGUGGCGAUCCAAGCGCAUUCCACGUUCUUAGUUCUUCAAGACAACGGACUGACGAUGGGCGCUGCUUCAUUAGCUUCGCUAGCCCGCCAUUUGCCCAGCGUGAUAUAUGAGCAUCCCGCAGUCAGUAGUGUCAGUUGGGAUGUCAUCAUGUGUACUGCAACAGCAAUCGCCUGGAUCGUUGUGAAUGGUGGCGAGCCCCGCAAAAUGCUGGGACAAUAA